UAAAUUACAUGUUAAAGAAAAAUGUGGAAGAUAUAAAGUCAUUCUUGAAAGAAGAUGAUGUAAUUGUUAUUGACAGAGGUUUUCGUGACUCGGUGUCCAUUCUCGAAGAUAUGGGCAUACGAGCUGCCAUGCCAACUUUCAUGAAGAAGGGAGAAAAGCAGAUGUCAGCGGAAGAUGCCAAUAUGAGCAGAUUGGUCACUAAGAUAAGAUGGGUGGUAGAGUCAGCUAAUUCCCGCAUUAAAAGGUACAAGUACCUUGACAAGGUACUUCCUACUAGUCAAGUUCCUUUUAUUGGAGACUUCGUAAAAAUAGUUUGUGCCAUCUCAAACAAGUACUUCCCUGCACUAAGUGGAUCAACCAGUGAAGAUGAAGAUGCAACACUAGCAGACCAUAUGCGAGAAUUAUCCAUGGAGGUAAAUACGCUGAAGGAAUUUGUUGAGGACAACCACUUGGACCGAAGAAAAACCCAAUGGACUCCAAUUGAUGAAACUGAUUUGGAGAAUUUUCCUGUGUUGACUGAUGAGCAGUUGAGAUCAUUAACAUGUGGUGUUUACCAGCUGAAGUUAAGUUCUUCAUAUAUCCAAGAAUACAUUGAAGGUGACUCUGUAAUACAUGCUCACAAGGAGGAUAACAAUUUGCUGUCAGUUAGAAUUCAAAGUCGACAUAUAUCAUCAAAGAAGUAUAUGCUGUGGAUAAGAUAUAACAGUAAUGCUGUAACCGCAUGGUAUUGUAAAUGUCGAGCUGGCGCGAGAGUUGUUGGUGUCUGUUCUCACAUUGCUGCUGUUGUAUGGUACCUUAGUAGUGCUAGGCAUGAUCCGAAUCGUGUGUCGUUUGGUGUUAAAAACUGGGGUCAGUACCUGACUGAUGCAAAUGAAUUACCAGAAUCAAUAGACUCUUCUGAUAUUGGUUCAGUGGCUAGCAGUUUAGUAGAAGAAUGAAUGAAAAUAGUCUUUGCAUAAUAGCCAUGUAUACGUAUUGAUUUGUUUUAUCAGUGAAAAAGUAUAGGCAGGAGUUUAGGUAAUGUCCUAUGUACUUUUGAUGUAAUAAUUCGCAUCCAAAAUACUUCCUAUAUUUAUUUCACCAAUAAAAUACAGCAAUGUAUUUAUAAUUUAAGUUCUAACACCACAAGUUAUUUAAAAAUAUCCUAACCACAUGUAUGUUGAAGUACUUCAUUACGACAUAAAAACGAUAGACAUUGGAUGCGCUUGUUUCAUAUGUUAUGCUGUGAAGCACAUGCGGCACACAUUGUUCCCAAAGAAGCGUAUUAUAUUUUAUUUAAGAAAUAAUUUAUAGCAAAACAGUGCUUUAUCACUAUUUAUACACAAUGGGCGGUUAUACGUCAGACGUAAUUAUUUCGGACGACGUAUAACCGCCAGAGUGUAUAAAUAGUGAUAAAGCACUGUUUUGCUGUAAAUUAUUUCUAUUCUAAUAUGUUCUUUAUUGUAAAAUUUAUAUCAAAUAUGAUGGAACUGUUUCUUAGCUCAAGCAUGGCGCCAUUAGUAGGAAUUUGUUGAAACACGCCAAGACCGGAAACGGUAAUACGUCUUGCGGCAGAAUUCAGUUCGAGCGAAAAUUAUUGCGAAUUAUUCAGAAAAGCGAAUAACUAAUUCAGUAUGUGUAUAAAUUAAUCAAAACAUAUGUGCAAUGUGACUAUUCGUUUAAAACAUGUUAUUAAGUAAAAUAUUCCAUGAAAUUUGAAAGCGCAAUUUCUUGAUGCGUACAUGGCGCUAAAUAUCACGUUGUGACGUCAACAUAACAUCGUUGUGAUGAUAAAAGCAUUGUUAGCCAUAUUAGAAUGUACAAUAAUUAAUAGGUGAUUUUCUUAUACCUUUUAUAAUAAAUGUUUCAGGUUGUGUUAGAAUAAGUAUUAAAAUUGCUCUUCAAAAUUUAAGAAUUCCAUUUUGGUUACAACCUGUAAGCUUUGUUGAAGUUAUCACUUUACUCUGCUAGUUAAGGUAUGUGGGUUCAAAUAUUUUGUGAGGCAAACAAUGUUUCUAUUCUACAUUGUUUAGAUAGAAAAUGUUAAGUUUAAAAGUUAAGUCCAUGAGAAAAAAGUCCGAACUUCACCAAAGCAUAGAAAGAAAGAAUUGUUUUACAUGAAAAUUAUACAGUAUACAUAAAGAACUUAUAUUAUUCUACAAAAUCAUUGUCAAUUUAUUCAUAUCUCUAUAUUGAAUUCCGUUAAGGGACUGCAUGAAGAUACCACACUUCUCGACAGUUCAACACCUUUAAAAACUCACCAUUUUUAAAAAAAUGUUACAUGUCUCCGUUUUGAUGCAUUUGCAACAAUGUACCUGUACUAAAACUUAACCCUUACCAUCCUGGACACGGCAGAUCUUGCCUAUGUGGCCAGUGAAGAUCAUGGUCAGCCUGCACGCCCGUGCAGUCUGAUCAUGAUCUGCACUGUUAACUAUUCAACCAGUAUCUUUUUGGUAGACACCCCUUUUAACAGUUUAUGGCACUGUCCAAAUUGAAAGAUGGACAAGUUCAUUAUAGAAAUUUAGCAUGGUAAGGGUUAAUUGUUUUUGACAAUUGUUUACAUUUUUCUUUACAAGUGGCAUUCCUUUUUAAAGGGAGCAGUUCAUUGAAAAUAUUUUAAGUAUCCAAUUAUACGGGACAGAAUGGAAAAAUAUAUUUAACAGAUAUGUUGUUUUUUUAAAGAUAUUGUUUGUUUUCUAAAAAAUUCUGUAGUUUUUUGAUACACUGCUAAACUUUAAAUGCACAUCGCAACUAAUAAAUGCCAUUUUAGAAAGUUAUCAGGUCAUGUAAGAAAGUUGCUGUGUAAUGUUAGAAAGUUAUUACUUAUCAUAUUACGUUAUAAUGUUAGAAAGUGUUCAGUCGUUUGCGGAAAACUUUGGUAGUACUUGGUGGUAUUAGACUUUGACCUUGACAUUAUCCAUUUCUAGAUAAGAACUACAGAAGUUGAGGUGUUGCACAAAAUAUUCUCACGUACUGUAUAUGAAAAUUGUCGACA